AUGGUGGCUCCUCCGGCCACUCUGGGGAAUCGGGAGCCGGGGUGGGGGGGAGCGCGGUGCCCCCUGCCCCGCUCCCCUGGGUGCCCUGGCGCCGGGGUCCCGGGUGCCCGCGGGGCCCUGGUGACUCCCGACUCCUACAAGGAGAAGGCCGAAGGCCCGGCGCUGCUGAACUUGGAGACUUCGGAUGAGGACGCCCCCGAUUCGCUUACCGACUCCUGGGAGGACCUGGAAGAGGACCUCAGGCCGCACCGCACGGCCCAGGAACCCAGAGGAGCCUGCUCCUUCCUGGAGCCCCAAUUCGGGAACUACAAAACUGUGCAGGACUCAUGGGAACGGUGGGGCGCCACGCCCGGGCAGCCCGAGAGCCUGGCCUUGCCGUGCCGGGUGCAGAGGCUGCAGGUACUGCCCCACGGAGCCCACGUGCUGGCCACGGCCGUGAGCAGCUUCAGCCGCCACGUGUUCACCUGCGGCGUGGGCGGCCUCAAGGUGUGGCACCUGGACAACCAGGUGGCCCAGCAGAGGGUCCCGGAGAGUGACAUGCACUGGCCCGUCCAGACCCCGGGCGCCUACCUGCGCGCCUGCCUGCUGGCCCCCGACGGCAGCAGGCUCUUCGCGGGCGGCCACCACCUGCCGGGCGUGAGCACCUGGGACCUGAGGGCCCCGACCCUGCACCAGCCGGACCUGCUGCCCUGCGAGGGUCUCUCCUGCCAGGCUCUGGACACCAACCACCGCGGCAGCCUGGCCUUCGCCGGCUUCAGCAAUGGCACCGUCAGGAUCUGGGACCUCCGAGACCGGAAAGCAGUCAAGGACCUGCCCGGCCGGCAGGGUGAGGCCAACAGCGUGGUCGUCAAGGACGACACGGUCUGGACCGGGGGCCUGAACGGCUGCCUGCGCUGCUGGGACCUGAGGGCGGCAUCUCGGAAGGUCCAGAAGCACCUGUUCAAGUCUCAGAUCACAAGCAUGUCACAGAGCCCCUGGGAGGACUGGCUGCUCGUGGGCCUGGCCAGUGGCCUGCACUGGCUGCAGCCCACCCUCAAGGGCCAGGCGCACCUGGCAGGCCACAAGAACGGGGCCAUCCUGGACCUCAAGUUCUCCCCAUACGGCCAGUGGUGGGUCAGUGUGGGCACGGACAGGAUGACCACCAUUCACAGCACGCCCAGCGGGACCACGGAGUUGCAGGUACCCGAAAAGGCCUGCAUCACCUGCUGUGACGUGUCCGCCAACAACCGGCUGAUCGUGACGGGCGCCAGGAGCCGCGCCUCGGUGUACCAGCUCACCUACUGAGGGUGUCGCCAGCCGGCUGGUUUGCAUAGCGGAGGCAAACGGGCAGAGGCCUUGUGUA